CUAUAUAGGGUGUCGGCACAAGUUCACUUCGCUGUGGGAAUUUAGGCGAGUCUCGUCGAUCUUCAUCCAGUAGGAACCCGACCACCACCAACAACCAACCACACCUCCCCGAAGCCUGGAAUCUUAAAACACUAUCUGUCUCCGGCUCCUCGAGACAGGAGAACCAACGGGAAUUAAAAGAAGGAUAAGAAUUAGAAUUCAAGACUAAGAAAGUAUUCCUGAAUCGAAGGAUGGAAGUUAAAGGGCUAGUUGCCCUGGUGACGGGGGCUGCUUCUGGUAUCGGCAGAACUUAUGCCAUCGAAUUGUUAAAUCAAGGAGCUAAGGUAUCGAUUUGCGAUAUCGACAUUACGGAAGGUGAGAAACUGGCUGAAGAACUUACCAUGAAAUAUGGAAAAUCUCAAGUGAUAUUUUCCCCAUGCGAUGUCACGGAUUAUCCACAAUUCGAGACUUCGUUUCAAACAACGAUCGCUGCUUUUGGACAAAUCGAUAUUGUCAUCAACAAUGCCGGAAUAAUGAACGAUCGAUUUUGGGAACUCGAAGUCGACAUCAAUCUCAAUGGCGUGAUACGUGGCACUCUACUUGCCCAACGAUUUAUGGGUACGGACAAAGGUGGACAAGGUGGUGUAGUCGUGAAUAUCGGAAGUAACGUCAGUAUCAACCCCUGCGUAAGCGUGCCCAUUUAUUCGGCAACAAAAGCGGCAAUCGUUAGUCUUACCAGAGCAUUUGGGGAUCAGUAUCACGUGGAUUUAACGGGUGUCAAAGUGAUGGCACUUUGCCCAAGUACAACAGACAGUAAUUUGGUGCCGGAUGUUGGUAAACAAUUACUUUCACUGCGAUAUAAGGAUGCCUGGAGUCGAGAUACUAGUUCUAUUGUUCCGCAAAAAGCGGAACAUGUUGCCAAAGCGUUGAUUCAUAUUUUGAGUACCGGCAAAAGUGGCAGCGUUUGGAUGGUCGAGAACGGUGAACCACCUCGUGAAGUGAACUUUCUAAAAUAUUAAAUAAUUAACCAAAAGAGCCCACAAAAAGAGAAAAUAAUAAUAAUAAUAAUAAACAAAAGGAAAGGAAAAGAAAAGAAAAUGAAAAAAGUCUCAACGCGUCAGUCUCGCACGACACGUAAUUCUUCCUCGCUUAACCACAAAAUAACUAUAACUAUGCCGUAACUAUAAUUAUAAUUUUAUAUCGAUUUUUUAUAAUCGAAACUACCAUUACCGAAAUUCUCGAAUCCGAGUUUUGUGACGAUCAUAAUCACUAUUAAGAUAUUAUUCGUCUACUUACUAUCAUCAUCAUCAUCAUUAUCAUCUUCAUCAUCACCAUCAUCACCAUCACCAUCAUCAUCAUUCUCAUUAAUUCAUCGAGAAUUCGAGUUAGCGACAUUUUGUACGUUUUUACUCUCUUUCAAACGAAUCCUGUAAUUUAGCACCGAUCCCGAUUAAAUUAGCACGCUAGAAUCGCGUUAAUCGCUUGGUCGUUAACGGAUACGUCCGAUAAUUAUUUGCUUUCAAAAAAAUGAAAUAAAGGUAUGCGUAAGUGUGAAGAUACGUAUGUUUGCGCGGGUGCGUGUGUUGUGUGUGUGUGUGUGUGUGAGAGAAAGAGAGAGGGACGAUUGAUACAGUUCGUAAGUACACCAUAAUGGUAUUACUCGUCCGUUGCUGAAAAUAAAUAAGAAAACAAAACAAAAAAAAAAUGAAAAAAAAAAAAGAAAUGAAACAAAGUAAUAAGAAAAUACGUUGUAAAUCUCUACGACAAUUUUUCUACGACAAUUUUGUUCUGCGCCGAAAAUAAAAAAAAAGAAAAAAAAUUACUACAACACAAAUUUUUGAAACGACAAAUCGCUCAUCGAGAUACGAACAAAAUUUUAUCGCGAAACGAUACGAUAAAGGGAAACCGACUGUUUUUGUUUAUUUGCAAAAUAAAUUAUAAUAAUGAACGAAUAAUUGAUCAUCGUUAUAUAAACUAUAAUAUCUAUAUAAUCAUAAUUUUCUUUUAUUAGUUAGUCAGAUAAAUAAUCUUCUUGAAGAUAUUUUAUAAGAUAAGUAAUAAUAAUUAAUCAUCGAUAAUGAUUAAUUUUGAUUAUAACUGAUUUAACAAUUUUAAUACUUUGUUAUGUAAUAUUUAUUCAAUAAUUUCAUACAAAUUCGAUACGUUUUACGUAGAUAAUUUAAACUCUCGAUCAAUCGAAGAUUUAUAAAUGAUUAUUUUCUAUUGUCAAUUUUUGUGAAUAUUUUUUAAUUGAAAAUUUGAGAGUUAUUUUCAACAUAGGCAACGUAACAGAAAAGACGAAAUUAAAAAGGAUGAUGAAACAGUUUAAAAACAAAUGCAUACGUAUAUAUGUAUUUAUAUUACGUAUUCUCGAUCGAUGAGAUAAAGAAGAAGAAGAAGAAGAAAAUAUUCGUAGCUAAUGGAAACUAUUGUUGGUUCGUUUGUUUGUUAUGAUUUGCUGAGAAUGUAUGUUGCCAAGCUUUGCCAAUAAAAAUGCAUAGCUUUUUAAGAAAAU